CCCUUCUCACGUCAAGGGCUAUAUCAGAGGACGUUCGCCGCACUUCAUCCGCAACCGCUGACGCUGUAGGGCGAUAUCUUUAUAAGCAAGCAAAACGCUGAAGGGCUCGCGUACUGACCGACAUGACGGACCUACAGGACAAGGCCAGCACUUGGUUGUCUAAGUUUGCUCACGCGGCCUUCAGGGUUGAUAUCGAUGCUGUGGUCGACUGCUUCAUUCCCGGCGGCUGGCUUCGCGACGCGCUGGUGUUCACCUGGAACACGCGGUCUCUGGAGGGACGAGAGAAGAUCGCUGCGUACCUCGCAAACACGCUUCCUGCGCCGCACCUUGGCACGGGUCUUGCGACGGGGUUCACAUUCGAGACUCUUGAUCGCCGGGGGCAUGGCUAUGCAUACCUUCGCCCGGACGGCGAUGAGUGGAGGGCGAAUGGACAUACGUUGUCGUGGGAAGAAGUGUUCGGCGCACGUCGAGAGGCGAUCGAGAAGGACCCUUGCGUCGCAGUUGGUGCUGGUCAGACCGGUCUCCACAUUGCGGCGAGAUUCAAGCAGAUGAACAUCGCUUCUUUGGUCGUCGAGAGGCAUGCUGUAGUCGGUGAUCAAUGGAGACAACGAUACCCAACGUUGUCAUUGCAUACGACCAAGAAUCACCAUACUCUGUUGUACCAGCCGUAUCCAAAGAACUGGCCCACGUACACGCCCCGAGACAAGGUGGCAGACUGGCUGAAGCAAUACGUGGAGUCGCAGGAUCUCGUUGUAUGGACGAGGUCGUAUGUUCUUCCGGGCGCCAGUUAUGACUCGGAAGCGGAACGGUGGAACGUCGUUGUCCGUAAGGGUGAUGAAGACCGAGAACUUCAUCCAGUACACAUCGUCCUUGCGACAGGUGUUCUCGGAGCGCCUCGCAUUCCAGAGGUUCCAGGCGCGGAGACCUUCAAGGGUACCGUGUUUCACGCGAGCAAGUACAUGGGUGGCCAAUCAUUCGCGGGGAAGGAUUGCAUCGUGGUCGGCGCUGGUAACACCUCCGCAGAUUUGUGCCAAGACCUAUCGUUCCGCGGCGCCAAGUCUGUGACCAUGGUUCAACGGUCGUCUACCUGUGUCGUCCAUAUUGACACUGUCGCCGGCGCCAUGGCGCAGGGCUAUCCUGACGGCGUUCCCUACGAGAUAUGUGACAUCAAAUUCAGCGCCAUGCCGAUUGACCUUCAAAGGGCCAUGGCCCGUGAGCGGGAGGCAGAGAUGUGGGAGAGGGAAAAGCCGUUGCACGAUCAAUUGAGGAAGGGAGGCUUAAAGCUGAAUAUGGGGACUGACGGGUCCGGUCAACACUUCCUGAUCUUCGAGAGAAGUGGGGGUUAUUGGGUGGACGUGGGAUGCGCUCCCUUGAUCGAGUCUGGCAAGGUCAAGAUCAAACAGGGUGUCGAGAUCAAGCGUCUCACCGAAAACGGCGUCAUCUUCGACGACGACUCCGAGCUUCCUGCAGAUCUAGUAAUAUGGGCAACGGGUUAUCUUGAUUCUCGCCUGCGUCACAGAGAAACAUAUGGGGCAGACGUGGUUGACAAAACCAGCCCAAUUUGGGGACUGGAUGACGAAGGAGAGAUCAGAGGUACCUACAGGCCAACUGGUCACCCUGCCCUAUGGUACGCGGGUGGCGACUUCGCAUCGUCUCGCUUUAUGUCAAAGCAGCUGGCGUUGCAAAUUAAGGCAAGAGAGCUGGGCAUGUGUCCCCUUUAGGGGCCUGAAAGCGGUACUGGUCUAUUUUGUAGGCGGAAAUUGACCCAACGCCGUCGAUAUGAGAAACGAGGUGGUCUUCGUUGAUACCAUGUAUAGUACUGGUUCAAGCCUUCGAGCGGCCAGACUAUUAACUGUCGCACGACCACCGUCAGACGACAUACUACCAUGGAGUCAUUAGAAAGCUUGCCUCAGUGGCGGUCGAUAUCCUAG